AAGAAACAUAGAGAACAUAAAACUGGUUAAAAAAUAUAUACGGAACGCUUGAGUCAAUAAUUCUUUUUUUUUUCUCUUUUUUUUUUAAACUUCGAAGCACAGUUAGUAGUACCUUAAUAGACAUCGGCGCUUGGUGUCGCGUUGAAUCACAGUAUCAGUUGUUUAUUAAUUUGUGUUUGUGGAAAUUCCGAGGGCACUGUUUGCGAAAUGUUAGAGCACGUAUCGUAGCUUAAUAGUGUUAGUUAUUAAAGCUAUAAGCAAAUAGCAGAAGCGCUUAUUUAUUUAUAUAAAUGAGACCACCUGCAGCUGUCUUAUAAAACGUUGUUGUUUUUCGAUCUUAUUCACAUUUGCUGAAUUCGGCGGGGGAAAGUGAACCGUAACAUGGGUGUUAAUGGAGGGAAUUUCGGAGGCAGUGAGUGUGAUGAUAAGAACUAUGAAAUGGUCCCCCCUGAAGGGGGCUGGGGAUACUUGGUGUGCGUCGGAUUGUCAGUUAUAUUUAUAGCGGGUACUGCGCACCAGCCUGUGUUUGGUUUCAUUUAUAACGAUUUCCUGGACGAACUAGGGGCGGGCACAGGGGCUGUAACUGUCGUUUAUGGAGUAUUUCAAGUCACAAUGGCGUUAGCAGGUUUUUCAGCAAACAUUGCUUUGAAGAAAUUAUCUCUAAGGCAAGUUGGUCUGAUAGGAGCCAGUAUAUAUACUUUAGCAUCAUUUUUAGCUAUAUUCGUAACGUCUACAACCCAAUUAAUAGUAACAAAUGGAUUCCUACAAGGAUUAGGAAUGGGUUUACUUAUACCCACAUCAUAUACAAGUUUCAACAGCUAUUUCACAAGGAAAAAAGUAUUAUAUCUUAGUCUAUGUAAAGCUUCAAUAGGACUUAUAACUAUGAUUUAUCCGUUAUUUAUCAAAUUUACAAUAACAGAGUACGGCUUUAGAGGAACAUUGGCCAUUUUAUGCGCAAUAUCAGCGCACAGCAUAUUUGGUGCAUUAGUAAUGCAUCCAGUAAAAUGGCAUAUGAUCAAACAGAUAAAAUCUUGUGAAAAGAUUGUUCUUAUUCCGCCCACACCUGCUACAGCUACUGAGGAAAAUAAAUUUAAUUUUCCAAAAAUUAAAGAAAAUAAAUCAGAUGAAGCGAAAUCGGUUGAAAAUUUGUUGAUAGUUAAUACAGAUAAACAAAAAGAUAGAUCUGAAUUACUUCUAGUGCCGAAAUUAGUGGACUCUAGAAGACUGAGUAUACCCGUAGUCUUAAUUCCAGAUGACGCAAGGACAGAUAGCAAAUUUAAUUCUAAUGAUAAUGUUUAUUUAGAAAAUCUAUAUAAAGCAGCGUCUGUAUCCAGUUUAGGUAACUUUGGUGGUAUUGCAGCUGAACCAAUGCCAAUAAUUAAAAACAAAGAAGGAAAAUGGCAAACUGUAGCAGAGUUCUUAGAUUUAACACUUCUGAAAGAUUUGGUGUAUGAUAACAUAAUCAUAGGGAUGGCUUUGACAUUUUUCUCUGACCUGACGUUCUUCACGCUGGAGCCUCUGUUCCUCGAUAAAAAUCACCUUGAUCGGGGGCAGAUAGCAAACAUCAUCGCUACCGGUGGUGCGACUGACAUGUCCGCACGACUACUAUUAGGAGUAUCUGGGCAAUUCUUCAGAAUGAACAGUCGCUACAUGUUUUAUGUGGGCGCUCUUCUAACUGCUAUAUUUCGUAUAGUGUUCAUACAAUAUACGUCGUAUAUUCCCCUAUUAGUAUUGACUGGGAUUUUAGGAGCAAUAAGAUCCCUACUACACAUCGCGCAGCCUAUUGUGAUGGCGGAACAUGUUCCUAUAGAACGAUAUCCACCCGCUUACGGCUUAUACAUGCUGUUGGCUGGAGGAAUUAGUUUAACCAUUGGACCUAUGAUAGGUUUCAUUCGUGAUUACACCGGAAACUACGUUUUAGCUUUUAGUUUAUUAACAAUGUGCAACGUCCUAUGUGUUGUUCCGUGGACGAUGGAGGCUAUAUUAAAAUAUAUGAGACAUAAAAAAAAUUCAAAAUGUGUUCAAGGGUAAAUGUAAAAAUUU